AUGCUUUGCAUUCGCAAGAGCUGUGUGCUCCCGACCCUCGUUCUCAUUUUCCUUGUAUACACCUUCUUAUCUUUCCAACCACCGGACGCGGAAACCUCCGCGGACAUUGAAACAGCCGACUCCGGCUCUCGUGCUACGGAUGAAGAGCCCGCAGCUCACGCCCAUCCGGACAACCGGAUCCGCUGGACAAAGCAUGCAGAGCAAUAUCCAGUCACAUCGUACAUUCCUAUGCCCACAGAGGCCCCGUCGCCAAUCCCGCGCAUUCAGCAUAACUUCAAGACGGAGUCCUGGUGGACGCGCAGAAAGCGAGUGAAGCGCCAGAAGGCCGUCAAGGUUGCCUUCAAGCACGCGUGGAAAGGAUACAAAAAGAAUGCGUGGCUGAAAGACGAGGUAUCGCCGCUGAGUGGCCUUUACCGGACCUCUUUUGCGGGAUGGGCAGCGACAUUGGUUGAUGCGCUCGAUUCGCUGGUCAUCAUGGGCUUGACGGAUGAGCUGGAAGAUGCGCUGGAAGGCCUCGAGCAGAUUGACUUUACGGUGACUGAUGCUGGGGAUAUCAAUGUGUUCGAGACCACCAUCCGAUACCUGGGGGGCCUCCUAUCCGCACACGAUCUGACCGAGGGAAAGCACCCGAUUCUACUGAAGAAGGCAACGGAAAUCGCCGAGAUACUAUACAGCGCCUUCGACACGCGCAACCGCAUGCCCCAGGCCCGGUGGGAAUGGACCCGAUCCGCCGAGGGUCGUAGCAUUGUACCGAGUCGGUACACUGUGCUGGCCGAACUGGGUUCCCUCAAUAUGGAAUUCACCCGCAUGACGCAGCUUACCAACGACCCAAAGUACUUUGACGCCACCCAGAGAAUCACAGAUAAUCUGGAAAAAGCACAGAAAGAAACCAUCAUUCCUGGCCUGUGGCCGAUUAUGGUAGACGCCCAAGACCUUGUGUAUCGCGAUCCUCGGUAUAGCGUUGGUGCAAUGGGCGACUCCACCUACGAGUAUCUUCCCAAGGAGCACAUGCUCCUCGGGGGGCGCACCGACCAAUACCGCAACAUGUACGACGCCGCCAUGCGGACAAUCAACGACCGUCUCCUGUUCCGACCCAUGACAAAAGACGGAACGAACGUGCUAUUCCCGGGCGACAUGCGGGCGUCGUAUACCCCCGGCCGGGAAACCCUCGUGCCCCAAGCCGAGCACCUAAAGUGCUACAUUGGCGGAAUGGUAGGAAUCGGCGCAAAGGUGUUCAACCGCCCUGACGAACUGGACAUUGCGCGAAAACUCACCGACGGAUGCAUCUGGGCAUACGACAGCAUGCCCACGGGCAUCAUGCCCGAGAAUCUAUACCUGAGCGUCUGCGAAAGCCGCGACCACUGCCCCUGGGACGAGCAGAAGUGGUACGACGACAUCAAUCGCCAGCUAGGCGUGACGUCGGACGAUCCUCACGCAGAGGCGCGCAAGGACAUUCUCAAGCGGGGUCUGCCACCGGGGUGGACCAACAUCGGCGACAGCGAAUACAAGCUACGACCCGAGGCCAUCGAGUCCGUAUUCAUCAUGUACCGGAUCACAGGCGACCCAGCACUGCAAAACGCCGCAUGGCGCAUGUUCAAGAACAUCGACAAGAUGUGCCGGACGCAGUACGGGCACGCGGUGCUUGACGACGUGCGAAACGUGCACUCAGACCAGCAAGACUACAUGGAGAGUUUCUGGCUGGCGGAGACGCUCAAAUACUUCUAUCUGAUAUUUUCGGAGCCGGACACAGUCAGCUUGGACGAAUAUGUCUUCAACACCGAAGCGCAUCCCUUCAAGCGACCGACUGUCUAG